AUGAAAUGUGGGACGGUUGAGUUUAACAGUCACACAGUUGUGUACGGCGGGUGGACCCCGGAGGAACUGCACCAGUUUUCCCCCCACACGGAUGUCCUCGCGCCCGUACAGGGAGCGCUUGAAAUUGACGGGUCUGUCGUGGUGCGCCCGCGCCUAUCUAUGAUGCAAGCCACAUUCGAGACGCUGCGCUGUUUUUGGGACCCGCACCCACCAGCGCCGUCGUCAGGCGCCGCGGUGCUGCGGGACUGCUUCACCUGCUGCGUGCAGUGCUCACGUAAAAGUAGAAAGUCCUUGCAAGGCCGCCUCGACGAGGUAGCCUGCGUGCAGGGUCUCUGGCUCCGCUUCGUCUCCAGCUUUCCUCACCGGAAGUACACCGUGGAGCGGACACCGAGGCAGCUGGAAAUCCUGCUUGGUGCCCUGCGCGUUAGCUUUCCGUACCUCUUGAUCCCGGCUUGCUGUGGAGUCAGUGUUCACGCUGCGCGAGGCCUGCUUGACUUCGUGAAGUCCCAUGCGGAGGCGGUGGCUGCCUACCUUCCAUUGCUCUACUUCCUCUAUGAGAUGGAUGAGAGGAGCGUCGUGAAUUUCUUUGACACACUAGAGGAGCUUGUGCGGCGGCGGCGCGAGUCAAACGAGUGUAACCUCCUCACUUCGCGACGGCCCAGGGAGUCGUCGUGGUUUCGCUGGGGGGCCCCAAAGCCGGUCCCGCAGGAAGACCCUUUUUCUGUCGAAGUGCUCUUUAUGGAGACGCACGCAGCCCGACUGCCUGACGCUUUCAAGGCGAAAUUCCUCUUUGCCCGGUCAAGGAAGGAGGCGUUAGGGCUUGCGGGCAGGGCCGCCGUGCACCUUCGUGACGCCCUGCUGGAGGAUGUGGAGGCGUUCGAGACGGCCGUGGAGUUUUUUGCGACGUCUAGCGGGAGGUUGCUGAAGCAGGGCUGCGCGGGUUGGGCCCCAGAUUCCCUGCAGGAGCAGCAUGAGACCACCUCGGCGCACGCCGCUGAGGAUGAGAGGAUAAAAAGGGCCAUAGCGGAGUGCAUGAGCGUGGCGAGCGUGCUGCAGGGGCAGGUUUUUGGCCCCAUCGUUAAUUCCCUGGUGGACGCGCUGAGGGCGAGUGAAUUCCACCUGGAAACGCAGUUCUGCUACCUGCAGUCCCUGCUGCAGUGCGCCAAGGCGGUUGUCCAGAACGAACCACUCAUCACCGGGGCCAAGGCGGCGCCGAAGAGUCGCCAGACAGCUCAGAGCUCCAUGCUUCUCAGCCAGGCGAGUGAGCGGUACGGGAGGAUGCGUCAGACCUUCCGUGCCUUCAAGUUGCACGUGGAAGAGGAGCUGGCGCUCUCCGAGAACGCCAUACGCCGCUCCCUCGUGCUGUGCUGCACCCACUGCCUUCAUGCCUUUACGAUCUUCUACGACGCCUUUGACGCGCGGCAUCACAUGCGACUUAUUCCCUCCGAUGAAAAGCGGGACGCUUCUGUGCAUCCCCUGCUGCAGGUCUUCGGCACAGUCAGAGAGGAGCAGCGCGCGCAGGAGUAG